AUGCUACCAACCAAGCUAAUUACCGAUCUAACCAAAGUCCUCAAGAACGUGACGACCGAAAUGAACGUGAAAGAAUUCGGAUAUCACAAACGCGUGAAGCGCGAACGCGAAAUUCAACUAAUAAUCGCGCAACCAAAUGGUAAAGUGAAAUUGAUACCAUUGGAUCCACCACCAGAACCAUUGCAGUCAUUGGUUUCAGGAAUAGGAACAGAUUCUAUACACUUUUUGGCAAAUAUCCAACAAUAUAACAAUUGCUUUCAAAUGACUUCAUUUGGGGCAACAAAUGUAGUUCGGGAAAAUUUUAUGCCAACUUUCAAGAUACAAGGGCAAAUAUAUCACAGAGCAGGUUCACUGUUACCAGUGUCAGAUAGCGACAACAAAUUCCUGCAAAUUUAUUUUAUGGGCAAUUCACCACAAGAAAUUGAUCUGCGUUGUGCACAUAACAAUUUAGUAAAGAGGUCUAUUGUAGAACAAUUACAAACUUUAUUUCAUCAACACAAUCAAUUGAUUAUAUUGUUUAAAACUGCCCUGGAUCUGAUGCCAUCCGAUAAUCACAAAAUUGUAAUCAGAGCUGAUAAAACACCUACAGGUCAACAUACAAGACGUUUUAAUGCACCAACUAUUGAUGAAGUUGCUAUCGUUGUAGUUGGAGAAAACUUGGAAUCCCGUGAUAUUGUUUUACGUCGUAGGAAUGAUCAAUUACAACGUAUAAAGAAACACACCGCUCAUAUGAUGCACU